AGCAGAGAUUGUUAUCAGACGUACGUCUGACUUUUUCUGAAAAUGGAUGAUGUCUUCUGUCUCUUUAUAUGUCUGUUCCUCAGCACAAAUGGGAAACAAGUACAUAAGGAGCUUCCACCUGGACAUAGAAAUGGUGUGGGCUCACGUUGUGAAUUAACUGAAAAAGCAGCGAUCGGCCAGCUUGGAUGGCAGGUGGAACACAAUGAAACAACACAUUUCCUUGUAAUCUUGAAGAACAGCUCUUUAGAAAAUGCCAACGGUUCAAAAUGCAUCAAUGCCUCAUUAACCAACAGAGUCAGUAAUAGGCAGUUUAUUGCUGAAAAGCCAUACACAUGUGUAUUUACAAACUCCUGUGCAGCUAAAGAAAAUCGAGUAAAGUUGACAAUUCUGAUUCCUUCUGCUUUUAUUAAAAAGCAGCAAAGUCGCUUUAAAGAUCAGCUUGUGACAACAUGCAGAGCUGCUAAAGGUGGCUUCGCACCCAAUAUUGUUUGUGUGUCAUCAAAGACUUCAAUGAGAGGAAGAAACAGAACCCAACAACAUAACCCAACCAGGACAGUUAGCAGCAGCUACAAGCCAACACAACAUAGAAACAGCUUGAAGAACGUAACCUGUAUGAUAAAUCACCCAACACUUUCUGCACCUGUGGAAUUGUUUGUAGGAUGUCCUUUUGUGAUUGCAAUUAAAACAAACAAUUACAGUGUUAAAGGGAAGAAAAAUAAAUUUAUCUUCAACACUAUGGACAGCGAGCAAAUCAUUCAGCUUAACAUAAACAGUUUUGUGGAGCAGGUUGAUUUAUACUGUUCAAAGCAAAAUGACUCACUUCCUGAAGGCAUUGAACUAGUCAAAAAUAACCUCAAAUUCAAGGGACCUAUGAAGGAAAGUUAUGCUGGCAUGUAUAUGUGUGUAGUAUCCUAUCAACACUGGAAGAAGAGAGCAUAUUGGGAAAUUGAGAUUACUUCAGAUGAAAAUCAAUGGAUUCCUACAAGAGCUGUGCUAAUAGCAAUAAGUGUGAUCUUCGCAGCAAGUGCCUGCUUUUGCUAUGUUUUGAAGUGGCAUAAAAGGAAGCAACUGGUUGUUAUUCCCCAGCAAUAUUCGGUUCAAAACAUUGGAUACCAGGCUGCCAGAGAUGGCCUUCACUGCAUUAAAACACAACAGGAUUUGAGAAAUGAUACCAACCGGGCUAAUACACCACAGGAUUCCCAAAAAAAUAUUGGCCCUACAAAUACAACCCAGGAGACUAUCAGUGAUGUUGAUGGCAGUUGUGCUGCUAAACAAGAUGGCGAUGCAUCUGAAGAUUCCAAACAGAAUGUUAAAUGUCUCAAGCUUGAUACAAAUGAUCAGGAGUCUAUCAUUUAAGCAACACCAACAAUGGAGUUGAUCCCAUUUCUUCAGCCUUGAAAGGCCAGUUUGAUUGUAUACCAGCUCCAAAUUUGUAUGGAAAAGGAAGAAACUUUAUAGUGAAAUUAAAUGUGAGCCACUCUUGCUCAACUACAAGCAGAUAGUAUCAGAGGGACAUGGAUACCAUGAGGACUGGGAGAACAUUAUCCCAUGAUCUUGCCAGCCUGGAAUGGGUUGAGGCUUGAGGCACUGAAGCGACCGGAAGAAUAUUUUUUUGACUGCUUAUUUUAUUUAGUUUUUUUCCUCUACAGUCUCCCAAAGUCAUACAGCAGGAUGGACUAAUCUGCAAACUACUCUAUGUCAUCAGUAAGCUUUUUUCUGUAAUAACCUCUUGGAAGAUUUCCCUCUAGCUUGGCUAAACUUAGCUUAGAAGGCUUUUGCAUCAAAUUAAAUUGAUAUAUUUCAGUGAUGAAACCACCAUUAUAUACUUGAUAGCUUAAUGAGAGAGAGAUUGCUGAUAGUUCAAACUUAAUUUUUAUAUUUUAAGAGCAAAUCAGCAGGUCUUUAUUGGCAUGUAUCGCUAAUAUACUGUUAAACAUGAACUUGGAGUUUAAUAAUGGUGUUAACUACCAACUACCAAACUGCUGUGUUUUGAAGGAAAAUACCCUGGACUAAAGAUCAUAAGGUAGGUACAGGUGAAGAAGGUCAGCAAGUCCAUCUUAGCUCAUCCACUUGAAGUUCUGUUUCUGAAAAGAUAUUGCCUCCAAAUCUUAGUUGAAAAACCCAUUCCAAGUGUUGAUCACAGAUAAAGAUGAACUUUCAGGCA